CGACGUUGCUGGACUCAGUCAAGGUCUGCACCAAACCUCUUCUGCCCCAUGGCUAGUUAUCUCGUGCUACGGAAUACCUUUGUCACCAACACAAAUCAAACUAACUAUUCUUUAGCUCUCACGUAACUAGAUCUUCCUACCCUCCGACAGAACGCACGGAACCAGCUACCUCUUCGUCAAUCUGAAUUCCCACCACCUGAUCCUCCGUCAAGUCGACCGCUCGCUUGGCCACAAUGGAUGAACCGGAGCUUCGUCGGAGAAAGCAGGAGCCCUCCCCCGAUCAGCCUACGCUUACUGAUGGCCACCAUACGGAGCCACGCCUGAAACAUGGCAUUCCAAUGCAACUUCUGCGGUCUUUGUUGUUGGCAACGUGGUUUGACUGCUGUUGUGUCGUGAUCGUAGUGACCCAGAUUGUCGGGUCCCCGCUGUACCUUAUCAACAAAGACUAUUACUACGGCUACAUGGCCUUCACCAAGCAAUCGUUCGGCUUGGUGAUCACCGCCCUCACCCAAUGGGGCUGUCCGACUUUCGUUCGAGUCAGCGGGGACCAGAGCGUGCGCGGUCAAAUCCAUCUGACCAGAGACGGUCGGUUGAAGACGCAAUUCCCGGAGCGUCAGGUAAUGAUCGCCAACCACCAAGUCUAUACCGACUGGGUUUAUCUGUGGUGGGUGGCUUAUACAAACACGAUGCACGGCCGUAUCUUUAUUAUCCUCAAGGAGUCUUUGAAGUACAUCCCUAUCGUCGGCCAGGGCAUGAUGUUCUACGGUUUCAUCUUCAUGGCGCGCAAAUGGCUCUCCGACAAGCCGAGGCUACAGCAUCGCCUGGAGAAGCUCAAAACCCGCCAUACAGGAUCCAAAUCCGAUUCCCCCGAAUAUGACCCAAUGUGGCUCCUGAUCUUCCCCGAAGGGACCAAUCUGUCGAUCAACACCAAACGCCGCAGUGAUGCUUACGGCCAGAAGCAAGGACUUUCGCCCUUGAGGCACGUACUUCUUCCGCGAUCGACCGGGCUUUUCUUCUGCCUGCAACAGCUCAGAGGGACGGUGGAUUGGGUAUAUGACUGCACUGUUGCCUACGAGGGACCUCCAAAGGGCAGCUAUCCUGAUAAGUACUUCACUCUACGAUCAACCUAUCUGCAGGGAAGGCCUCCGACCUCUGUCAACAUGCACUGGAGACGGUUUGCCGUGUCCAACAUCCCUCUAGAUGACCAAAAAGAAUUCGAUGACUGGCUGAGAGCCCGAUGGACCGAGAAAGAUCAGUUGAUGGACGAAUUCUUCGAAACGGGGCGCUUCCCCUCCGAGUUAGCCGGGACGAUCGACGCCGGCGCGGUGUCGUCGGCGCAACAGACGGCCGCCUCUGCCGGAUACGUGGAGGCGCAUGUGCGCCUUGGGCAUUGGAGUGAAAUUGGGCGGAUAUUUGGGGUGCUGCUCGGCGUUGCACUCCUGUGCAGACUACAGUUCUGGGGCCUGGGGUACGGCAGUAAUUGAGCGAUAUUGGUGGAUAUCUGGAGAGGAAACUGCUUACGUUGAUCCAUUUAAUUAUACGAUAAUGAUAUGGUCAUGGACAUGCGAGGAAAUAACCUAGCAUAUUUUUAUAGUAACGACUAUCUUAGAAUUUCUUUGAGAAUC